UUACAAAUGCUGAUUAAAAAAGUACGUAAUCUCAAAAUAGACAAAACGUGAACUGCAUUAAUCUUUCGAAUAAAUAAAAAUAGUUACAAAUAAAGCUACAAGAAACUUGCUUAACGAUGCGUAUAAACGCGGAAAAACUUCUGCACUCCUGUAACUGCAUAUUUUUACUAGCGACUGUCGCUGCAUGGCCGGAAAUACCAUCAAAGGGCAAACACACGCGGGUGCAGGAAGCGCAGAAAAUCGACGAAAGUGGUUCCAGUGCGCCGGGAUUCCCUGAGCCGAUCAACAAUGUGACGGUGUCUGUGGGUCGAGAUGCACUGCUGGCAUGUGUGGUUGAUAAUCUAAAAGGAUAUAAGGUCGCUUGGGUGCGCGUCGACACACAGACAAUACUCUCCAUACAUCACAACGUUAUAUCACAAAAUAAUCGCAUUAGUCUCAGCUAUAACGACCACCGGUCUUGGUAUCUGCAUAUCCGGGAGGUGGAAGAGAGCGAUCGGGGUUGGUAUAUGUGUCAGGUGAAUACGGACCCCAUGCGCUCGCAAAAGGGGUAUCUGCAAGUUGUAGUGCCUCCUGUAAUCAUCGAAACCUUGACCAGUAAUGACAUGGUUGUUCGUGAAGGGCUCAAUGUCACGUUGAUGUGUAAAGCUCGUGGCUAUCCAGAACCAUAUGUGAUGUGGCGUCGUGAAGAUGGCGAGGAGAUGCUCAUUGGCGGUGAGCACGUAAACGUUGUCGAUGGCGAGUUGUUGCAUAUAACCAAAGUGAGUCGCCUGCACAUGGCUGCCUACCUGUGUGUAGCGUCAAAUGGAGUGCCACCGUCCAUCAGUAAGCGAGUACAUCUGCGAGUGCAAUUUCCGCCGAUGCUCUCUAUACCAAACCAAUUGGAAGGAGCUUACGUCGGUCAGGAUGUAAUAUUAGAAUGCCAUACGGAGGCAUAUCCAGCAUCCAUAAACUAUUGGACUACGGAGCGUGGUGAUAUGAUUAUAUCAGAACGGUACACCACCGCCUUCCGCUAA